AUGGUCCGGAGGGCCACUAGGCCACCUGGCUGCAAAACACGAUCCUUACCAAGUAAUAUUUUGCCCAGAACAUCAGCACCAAGCAACAAAUCUACCGUGCCAGGUAGGUCAAAUUUAGGGUCAGCCAAGUUCAAACCAGCGGUCAAUUUUACCGCAUCCGCAGACAAUCGAACUUGCGGGUGGCUGCCCAGGAUAUUCUCCAUCACAAUGGCGGACGAUCCCAACGUCGGGCGUGGAGAAUUUGAGGGGGAGAAUUCAAGCCAAACGCGGCCCUUAACCGUGGCCACAGGGGCGUUCCCGACACCUCUGAUUACAUCUGAAUACUUUUUAAUAGUCUGGCCAGUCUGCCCUACCAACCAAGACGAGGCUAUGCAACCUUGUGAGCCUGUGUCCAAUAUCGCUCGGACUACAACCGAGGCACCCGUCCGUCCCCAGACCCUGACA